CGCCUUACUAAUAUUUUUAUUUUCCUUUUUUAUUUUCGCCAAACGAAAAGCGCGUAAAUAGCAUUUGUCGUAUAUAUAUACGUGCGUGCGUGCCCGUGCUUAUAUUUACGAAUAUAGCUGUUCUGUGCAAAGCAGCAGCAGCAGCAUCAGUAGCAGAGAGUCGUUCGCUCGAGCGUUAAGGCGUUUUUAUAGGAUCUUCGGAAAUUCGUCUCUUUUUCGUGAUAAAUAUAAACCUCGAAUCGGUGCACACAGCUCGACGGCGGCUGCACGAUUUUCGUAUGUGUAAGAGACAUUUGUGAACGUGCGAGGGAGACGGGCAGACACUUUAGGAAAGAGAGAGAGACUUUCAUAGAGGAAAAUAAUUCAUGCCUCUUCAGAUUCAAUGGCAUUGUAAAUAUAGAUCCGCUGUUUAAAGCAAAUGUUCCAUUGCUGCAUAUGUUUCUUUGCUCCUCGUCACUCUCAUUCUCAACUGUACUUGAAGUUUCUGCAACCGCCAACUAGAUACAAAAACAUUGUGUAUUUCGUUUAACUGUUCCAGUCCUUUGCACUUCUUACAAUCUAUAACAAUAACAACUAGAAAUUUCAAAAUGAGUUCAGGAAGACCAAUCAAGUGCGUGGUUGUUGGAGAUGGUACUGUUGGAAAGACAUGUAUGUUAAUUUCCUACACUACAGAUAGUUUUCCAGGAGAAUAUGUGCCUACAGUAUUUGACAAUUAUUCAGCGCCAACAGUAAUUGAUGGCAUUCCAGUGAGUUUAGGCCUAUGGGAUACUGCUGGUCAAGAAGACUAUGAUAGACUUCGACCCCUUUCUUACCCACAAACAGAUGUUUUUCUUAUUUGUUUUUCUGUUACCAGCCCAUCUUCAUUUGAAAAUGUAACUAGUAAAUGGUAUCCAGAAAUUAAGCAUCAUUGUCCAGAUGCACCUAUUAUUUUAGUAGGAACAAAAAUUGAUCUACGAGAUGAUAGGGAAACACUUACAGCUUUAGCCGAGCAAGGAUUGAGUGCCAUCAAACGUGAGCAAGGCCAAAAAUUAGCUAACAAGAUUCGAGCAGUAAAAUAUAUGGAAUGCUCUGCCCUUACACAAAGAGGAUUAAAACAAGUGUUCGAUGAAGCUGUUCGUGCUGUAUUACGGCCUGAACCUCAAAAACGUAGACAACGAAGGUGCAGUGUGGUAUAAAUUUUGAGUCAAGACUAAGUAUACAAAUGAAAAUCGUUUUUUAUCAAGUUAAUUUAAUCUUGAUUUAAUAGUUGAAAAGGGCACAAAAUGAAGACUUAUUUUGCUAAUGUUACUGUUCAAAUACUGUUUACCAGUUCAACUUUGUGUUUACUCUUUUUAUGAAUCUGUGCUAAUCUUUAGGGUAACAACAAUUCUACUUGAAGCACAAAGUAUAAGAAAUGAUUAUUAAUGAAUUCUUUCCUACUUUAUAUAAUACUGCCAUAAUUAAUAUAAAAGAAUUAAUUUUUCUUGAAAGCCAUGAUUAAGACUCUCUAGAAAAUGUGUACAAUGAUAUUAAAAUUUAAUGAUAACACAGAAUAUUAAAAAUGUCAAAGUUAAGCAUGUAUUAUGAUAGUAGAGAAGCAAAAUAGAGUUGUUGUUCACAUAUUAUCGUUGUAUAAAGCAGAAUCACAUUUUUAUAUUUAAAUCAAUUAUUUGAAAACGUAUAACUGUAUUAUUGACACAAAGCAAAACAUUAGUGAAAGUAGAUAAAAAAAUACGAAUUCAAAUGACAAAAAUAUAAAAUGUUUGCUAAAUGACAGUCAGUGGCAGAAGUAACACGUUUGUCAGUCUACGAGUUACCUCAUUAAUGAAUACUAAUCAAAAUAGAAUUAUAGAUCAUUAUAUGAAUAUGAAAAGUAUGAUAAAAGUUAAGCCACAUAAAAUUCAGUAGUCCGAGGUAAAAACUAUUUUACAUAAGUUUCAUGAAUGAACAAAACAAGUAAUAUGCAAUGCCAUAAAAUAUUGAAAUGAAUGAAAGAUUCAAUAGCCACUUGACUACUGAACAAUCAAACGACGAAUAUUCCUUUAUGUGCUAUUUUUUAUAUAUGAUAUUGAUAAAAAAACAUAGAUUAUGAACGAAUUGCGAAAGGCGUGCCAUAAUGCUUUCCGAUUGUGAAAAUCAAGUAUAUAAGUAAUGUUCAAACUUUGUUGCAAGGAUAGCAUGGUACUUCAUCAAUCUUAUUUGAAUGAAAAAGAAAGAAUAUGAAUGAAGAAAGAAUAUGAAAUGUAUAAAAGAAAGAAAAUUAAAAACUAACGAUAAUUGAUGCUUGUUAGAUGUGUAUAUAAUGUAGUAUAGAAAAUUGAAAGAAUCUCAGAGAUGUAAAAGCUCUUUGACUGUGAAUUUGAAAUCUUUCAAAAAACAUUGACUCAAAUGUAAACGAACGAUAAAACGAAUUGAUUGACUGAGUUUAUAAAGUUCUUUAAUAUUUUGCAAUUUUUAAAGACGUUGCUUUAAGUUCAGGCAGCUAAAAUACUCAAUAUGAAACAUCGACUUAUAUAAGUAAUUUUUGUAAAACCAGAUUUCGGGUGAUUAAGAAAACUAAAUAAUUUCCAUACACUUUUGUGUAAGAAUUUGAUUUUUCAGUAUAAAAUUAUUCCGAAUCUGAUAUUUUUUAAGAUAACAAACAGCCAUAUUCAACGUCACUUUAGAAUUAAUUUGAAGUUGGAUUUUUUCACAAAAGUUAUAAGCUCUUGAUACUUUAUUUAGAUUUAAAUUUGCAGCUAUUUUAAAUAUAUUAGAUCAAUUGUUUAGAAUUUAUAUUACAAAAAAAAAAAUAUAAAUAGCAAUGUUUAAUAUCAAUUGCUACCCAACCAAAGUAAUGUUUCACAAUUUUAUUUUGUUCGCUUAACAUUUUGUGCACGACCCUUAUUAUACUGAAUGUAUUUAAAGAUUUUCUCAUUGAGUAAAAAUUGUCAAAAUUUGAUAUCAUCUAGUCACUAAAAUCAAUUUCUGACAAUUUUUCUUUUAUUCCUCGAAUUAUAUAUGCUAACUAAAUUAAGGGAAGUGUACUAAAAUAAGCCGAUAAAAAUCAAAACUGAAAAGUUGAUCUUCAUUAUGUAUUGUACAAACUUCAAGAAAAGUUUCGUAAUUUUUCAUAAUUUCGUCAACUUUAUUACACUAACAUUAAGGUGAAAUACAGCCGACUUCUAAAGAAAUUAUCCACUUGCGCAAAAGUAAUCUCAUAUGUUAUUUCAUAAUUACUCUUUUUAUUUUAAGUAUUGUGAGUGCGAUAAAUAUAAUUGCUAUAAAUAUUUCAUUAUGUAAUCUUACUUUUUACUCAAAAAAAGAAAAAGAAAAAAUAAGUAAGUUAUUUUUUCAACUUUUUUACGUAUACAAUAUUCUUUGUGCAAAGUCAACAAACAAAAAUUGCAGAUACUUUGUUCUUGGCUUUCGUGAUUUAUAAAAUAUAAAAGCAUUAUACAAAGUUUUGCGCGCUUAACGAAUCUCGGAUGAUUUCGAUGAAAUACUCAAUUAUAUAAGCGUAUAAAAUAUAUUACAUUAUUAAAUUUUGUAAAAUCGACGACGCAACGCGUCUGCCAAUGUUGUAAAAGACUCGCAUUGUUUAUGAUUUUAAUACCUCGAAAUGUUCGCUUUACUUCUCACAGCGAGGAUGUAGACAAAAUGAGAAAAUUAAAUUUUUUUAUCGAUGGUAUGGAAAGAAAGAAGAGCUACGCGCUAAAAGUGCACACAUGACCAGGAUGAAACGAAGAAACAUUUAUUUUUUAUUUGAAAAACUGUACUUUGAAGGAAAUUUUCCUAUCGUAAUAAAUUUCUAACAUCGACUCACGUA